AUGAAAGAUCAUGAGAUUUAAUUUAUUGAUUUUUUAAUUGAUUAUUAAAAAAAUCAUGAAUAAAAUUAAUUUAUAAAAAGCAAUUUAAUUAAAGUUUAUGAAAGAUUUGAAUCAUAAGGUUAAUAGGUAUUAAUUAUGGAACUUGGAGGAAAAGAUUUAUUUUCUGUUUUAAAGAAUAAAUUAUAAAUAGAAUAAAAAAUUAAAAUUUGUUAAGAAGUAAUAAUUAACCAUUUAAUAUUAGAUUUCUUAAUCUAUUGCGUUUCUUCAUAAAUAAUAAUUGAUUCAUAGAGAUAUUAAACCUGAAAAUUUUAUUUAAGUAGGUACAACAUUUAAAUUAAUUGAUUUUGGUUUAAUUAAAAAAAAAGAAGAAAAUGUAAGACUUACAAAAAUGAUAGGAUCACCUCUUUAUUAAGCUCCUGAGAUCAUCAAAGGAUCAGACAAUUAUUAGGCUUCUGUUGAUAUUUGGUCUUUGGGAUGUUUAUUCUUUGAAUUAUUUUAAGGAGAACCUUUAUUUGAUGGUAUUCAUCAUUAUUUUAUUUUAAGGUUAAACUCUAUAGGAAGUAUAUUAAUAAAUCCUUAAUUAUUGUAAAAAUUAAUAAUAAAUUCAUCUUAAAAUUAAUUAAUUAUAAAUUAAAUAGGAAUUAAAAACUUUAAUUAAAUAAAUGAUUGAUCCAAUUCCUGAUAAGAGACCUAAUAUAGAUUAUGUUUAAAAAGAAUUAUUGCCAAAAUUCUUACCUUAUCCUAUUAAAAAUAUUU